CUGCCGCACGCAUCCCUGCACGGCGUCUACGAAUCCCUCAUUUUUGAAACCGACAUUGGCCAAGAUUUACUUUCUUUCGCUUCUUCGGCCUCGUUAUUCGCCGACCAACACGUGCAAAGCCACGUGGUGCACUGGAAUCGGCUUUUGCUGCUCCACGGGCCGCCGGGUACGGGUAAGACCAGUUUAGGUCGCUCCCUGGCGCACAAGCUCGCGAUACGUACUUCCGCACGAUUUCCAAGAGCCAACCUGCUCGAGAUCCACUCACAUUCGCUCUUUUCCAAAUGGUUCUCCACGUCCGGUAAACUUAUUCAUCGAGUUUUUGAGCUUAUUCGAGAUAUGGUGCAGGAUGACCCGUCCUGUUUGGUUUGUGUGUUGAUUGACGAGAUUGAGAGCCUGGCGGCAAGCCGGUCAGCUUUGACCAGUACUGGGGAACCGUCGGAUGCGCUCCGGGCCGUCAAUUCUUUGUUGACCAGCUUGGAUCGACUACGAUCCUUACCCAAUGUAUUGGUGAUCGCCACCACCAACUUGACCGCCUCCGUGGAUGCCGCCUUUUUGGAUCGCGCCGAUCUCAAAAUAUACAUCGGAUUGCCUUGCCUCCAAGCCCGUUACGAAAUUUUGCGAUCCUGUUUAGACGAACUUGCGCGGGUCGGGAUACUAACAAUAUCGAAUCCUUCUUCCGACGCAUUGCUUGCCUUCCGAGACAUUGCUCGGUCGGACGAGAGCCAACCGAGCACGGUAUUGGUGUCGUUGGCGGGGAUGGCCGAGGGCUUGAGCGGACGCAGUUUGCGUCGGCUGGCCUUGCAAGCACACGCCCUGUUUGUCCGUCGACCCCAAGCCUCGCUCACGCUCUUUUUGAGCGCAUUGCAGCGAACCAUCGAACGAGAAAUUGGCAGCCUUCCGUCUCCGCUGGUGUAG